AUGGCUACGGGCACCGUAACGGCACACCUUCAAACAACUACACUCCUCCUACUUUUCCUGUCGCCCCUUCAUGACUUCGGUGCCCCUUACAACUACUCUGACGUUGGCGCCAUGCGUUUCCCAAAAAUUUCUGCAAUAAUUCGCGUUUUCAAUCUGUUCGAAAACGCGAACCUCAACACACCCAACGUCUUUCUGAACAGCCGUCUCACUCCCUCGGAGCGUGGAUUUACCCCCUUUCUUAUCAUACAACGGUGCCACAGUUCUGCAGAAGGCUCGUUGUUUGGUGACCUGAAGAACCACGUUCAAACUGGCUGGGAGAAAAUGAAGAUCGUCGACGAUCGUCCUACCAGGUUGUACAUGACGUUUACGUGCAAAUCAAGCACGGAUCUCGGCAUCCAGAAAACGCCACUUCCAACCAACGUUGUGAACUGGUGCGAGACCUUCGAUAAGUCCACGAGUGGUAUAACCACACGUUUACGGAGACUUGUUUGGAAGCGAUUGCUUUUGGUCGACAACCUGGCCCUGAUUCACCAGCCACGCAGUGGUUCCAACUCCCCAAAGUUGACAGAAUUCAGAUGA